AUGUGGAGGAGUCAUUCUGCGAGUGAAGUUGUAAGGAUAUUUCGGAAUAUUACAAUAAGAGUCAUCCAGGAUGAUAUCACAGCUGAAAAAUCUGACGCAAUUGGUAAUUUUCUAUUAAGUCAAUGCUGCAAAUAACCAUUUGAUGCAUGGAGGAGGGGUUGCAGGCGCUAUUUCAGACCGAGGUGGUCCGAUGGUGCAAAAAGAAAGUACCCAAUGGGUUAGAGAACAUGGCGCUGUUCCAACUGGACAGGUUGCUGUCACAGGUCCUGGAAGGCUCCAUUGCAAAUAUAUAAUACACGCAGUAGGACCAAUUUAUCAUAACGGAAGGUCUCACGAAUCAGAAUUAUUAGAAGAAGCAGUGAUGAGCAGCUUGGAAAAAGCUCAUGAGCUGGGACUACAAUCUAUUUCAAUACCAGCUAUAUCCAGUGGCAUUUUUGGCUUUCCAAAACCUCUAUGUGCAAAAAUUAUGGCAAGAUGCACCAAAAACUUUAUAGAAAGUCAUCCAGAGACUACUAUAAAAGAGAUAAGACUGACGAAUUAUGAUACUCCAACUGUGACUUUGAUGGAAAAAGAAGUCGUGGCACUAUAUGAUGGAUUAGCUGAGGAAGAAAAAGAAGAACCUAAAGAAGAAUCCAAUGAAGAAUCCAAAGAAGAAUCCAAAGAGGAAAAUAAAAAUGAAGAAACUCCUGAAGAGAGUGACCCAAAAGGGGUAAGGCAAAGCAGUGAAGACGUGUCAGCUGCUGAAAAAGAUGUGACUGUUGCACAUGAUAAAAUGAGCAAUGAAGCUGAAAAGGAGCCCAAAGGUGAGUCAACAUCAUCUGAAAAUGCCAUGGAAAUAGAAUUGAAUAAAGAAAAUGAUAAAGAAAGCUCUCAGUAG